AUGUCUACCAGAAAGUGGAUUGAUAAGAAACAGGGGAAGACCUACAAAGUGGUGCACAGGGCCCAUGAUGAUCCUUUAUACCACGAUGAGGAUGCAUCAGAACAUGUUUUAGUUGAGGUUCAAAACCCAAAUAAUAGAAAGAUCAAAACUAAAGCUCAAUUAGAAGAAGAAUUUAAAGAAGAAUUGGAAGAUAUGAGAGAAAAUGAAGGUGAAGCAGCAUUGUAUGGUAUUACAUAUGAUGAUUCCAAGUACGAUUAUAUGCAACAUUUGAAACCAAUAGGGAAAAGUGAUGGUGUGUUUGUUGAAAAGGAUGGUAAAGUACAAAAAAAGAAAGGUAUAGUGUUUAAAGAUGGGUUUGAAUUACCUGAAGAUGUUUUACCUUCAAAGAAGACUGUUACACAAACUUAUCAAGAUCAGCAAAAUAUUCCAGAUGAAAUUGCAGGUUUCAAACCUGAUAUGAAUCCUGCCUUGAGAGAAGUUUUAGAAGCUUUAAAUGAUGAAGCAUACGUUGAAGAAGGUGAUGAUAUUUUCCAAGAUUUACUACAAGGUGGUGCUGAAGAAGUUGAUGAAGAAGAUUUUGAAGAUCAAUUUGACGAAUGGGAUCUUGAUAAUUAUGAAGAUGAAAUGGCUCAAUAUGAUGAGAAGGCUUUUGAAAAAGAAGGUGAUGAGGGUUGGGAAGCUGAUUUUAGAAAAUAUAAAGCUGUUAGUAAAAACAAAAAGAAUGAUUGGGAUAGUGAUGAUGAAUUUGAAGAUGAAGAAGAUGUUGUUCCAGAUUUACCUUCAUUUGAUGCUAAUUCUAAAAGUAAAUCAGGUAAAGGUUCAAAGAGAAAGCAACGUCAAAAGAAAGGUGCCAUGACUGAUACUUCAAGUUUUUCCAUGUCAAGUUCAGCAAAUUUCAGAAAUGAAGGGUUGACAUUAUUAGAUGAUAGAUUUGAAAAAGUUAUGAAAGAUUUUGAAGAUGAGUUUUUCGAAGAAGAAGAUGAGGAAGAACCUAAAGAAUUCGAUAUGAAGAACGAAAGAGCAGACUUUGAAGGAAUGUUGGAUGAUUUCUUGGAUAAUUAUGAAAUUGAAGGUAAACGUAGAAUUGUCAAGAAGAAUCCAGAAUUGGAUAAAUUGAAAAAAGCUGCUGAUAGUGCUUCAAAGGGUAAAUUAGCUCAAAGAAGAAGAAAAGAAAAUGAUGAUGGAGCUGACCCUUUGAAAGGAAAACUUGGUAAUCUAAGAAUAUAG